AAGCAAAAAAUCUCGCCUGUCCGUCAACAAAACGCGGAAAAAAUAUUUCACUUUAACCUCAAGUGUAAUUAAUUUAUUUUCGAGAUAUGGGAAACAAGCAAGCAGCUUUUACAGAAGAUCAGCUCGAAGACUAUCAGGACUGUACAUACUUCAAUCGGGCUGAUAUUUUAAGGAUUCACCGGCGAUAUCGAGAUUUAAAUACAGACCUUAUACCAGAAGAUUUUACAGAACUUGAUGUUCAGCCAAAACUGAAAUACAAAUUUCUCCAGCAACUACCAGAACUCAAGGAGAAUCCCUUCAGGCGACGAAUCUGUGAAGUGUUUUCCCCUAGUGGAGAUGGCAGCCUGACAUUCGACGAUUUCUUAAACAUGAUGUCAGUGCUCAGUGAAUCUGCUCCUAUAGAGCUCAAAGCAAAGUAUGCAUUCAGGAUAUUUGAUUUUGACCAAGAUGAUUACCUCGGCAAGGAAGAUCUCAAACAAACCUUGAGAGCUAUCACAGCAAAGGAACUUACUGAUGAAGAGAUGGAGUUUGUUUCAGAUGAGUUACUAAAAGAGGCCGAUAUUGAUGAGGAUGGAUUCUUAUCUUAUUCAGAGUUCGAAAACGUAAUCGCAAGAUCACCCGAGUUCAUGAAUAAUUUCCACAUCCACAUAUAAAAUUAAUUGCCAAAAUCAUUUUAUAAAGUGGAGCCAAGAUACCCUGCGAGCAAUACGUGCUGUUUAGAUAAAAAAACAUUUAUGGAAAUUGUUGGAACAAAUUAAAAAAACUUACUAAUUAACUUGUAUAAUUAACACUAGCUUUUCCAUCACUCGGGUAAUUGCAGUGAAGGACUUGCAUUUGUCUUAUGAGCCUUGGCAAACUGUUGUUUAUUUAAAGCUUUGCCCAGUGUCUUUAAAGUUAGGAAAUUCGGACUCGUGAGACGAAGACCAUACCGAAAAUUCAGAAGGUUUGCAAUUAGCGCCCGCCAAGAGAACAUGCCUGUAAAGGAAAAUCAUGGAAAGUAAAGUUAAC